AUGGAUGAUAUUCAACAAUGUUCACAUGUGAUUGUUAUGGCGGCAACAAAUCGACCAAAUUCAUUUAAUCCAGCACUUCGUCGUUUUGAUCUAGAAAUUAAUAUUGAUAUUCCUGAUGUUGUUGACCGUUUAGAAAUUCUUUGUAUACAUACAA